AUGUUAGGUCAACCUCAGCUCCUUGUUUGCUUAUUGUUACUUUGGAUUAACUUUGGGGAAGCCAAAGGAAGAGACAAAUAUGUCAAUGGUAAAUACAAGAGAUUCUACAAGGCUUGUAACAGUCAAAUGCAAGCAGAAGUUUCUUUUUGCAGUCCUUUGAAUAAAACUUGCCCUUGCGCCAAUCCAAAUUCUUUGGCAACAAUCGCUGGAUGUUUGUACAGUGUGGGUCAUACAUCAGAAAAAAGCUGGUCACCAAUGGUAGAAACUUGCACACGUAGCAAUGUCACACUCGACGAAGAUUGGUUUGAAACGGCUCUUGCAAAUUACAAAAGGAAUGCUAAAUCCGCCAGUGAGAUUGAAAACUUCAACAUGUCGGUACCAAUUGAUGUUCCGUUCAUCUUGAACAAAACCAACACAGAAAUCUACCAAGAGUCUUAUAGAAGGUUUUACAAUAAUUUAUACGACGCAAUAGAUUAUGGUGCUGGUUUUUUGGGCUAUUGGUUGUUAGUCUUACUUUUGGGGGCGAUUUUCAACUGGAUGAAGUUUUUAUGCCCACGUCUUACAAAGAAAAUGACCAAUCCGGUUAUCAACUUCUGGAGAGCCAAUGUAGCUAUUCCUGCCACAUUCCGGAAGAAAAAGUCACAAGAGCAGCACUUCUUAAAGAUAUUCAGUUUCUUGAUUCCAUCUCGGCUCGAAUCAUUGGUCAUCUUUUUGUUUUAUUGUGUUGUGAUCUGGCUCAAUGCUAUAAAUAUACAAGCAGUGCAUGGCGAUGUUGUUUUUGAGAGCAAAUACCAAGCUGAAAUCAGAUAUGUUGCAGAUCGAACGGGUAUCACCGCAACUAUGAUGAUGCCAUUGGUCUUCUUGUAUGCUGGCAGAAACAACUUUUUGCAAUGGUUGGUUGGCUGGAACUACAGUACAUUCGUUGCUUAUCACAGACACACAGCCAGAGUCAUGUUUAUGUUGGUGGUGAUACACGCGGUGUGUUUCACCAUUGCAUUUGGAAAUUACUACUCCACCGAGCUUGCUCAAGAUUACCUUCGCUGGGGUAUUGUUGCUUGUGUUUGCGGUGGAGUAAUCAUGAUACAGGGUAUGCUUUAUUUGCGCAGGAAAUGGUAUGAAGUGUUUCUAAUUUUCCACAUAUUGUUGGCAGUCUUUUGGACAGCUGGUGCAUGGUAUCAUGUUAGAGACUUGGGCUACAUUUGGUUGGUGUAUCCAGCAGUCGCAGUGUGGUGUUUUGACAGAGUGGUGAGAAUUGGCCGCUUGAUUGCGUUUGGUUUCCCACAUGCAGAUGUUACAUUGUUGAGUGAUGAAACGUUAAAGGUUGUGAUUCCAAAACCAAGUUAUUGGAAGUCAGUCCCUGGUGGGCAUGCAUUCAUCCACUUUUUGAAGCCUACAUACUUUUGGCAAUCACAUCCAUUCACAUUCACAGACUCAGUCGAGAACAACGAGAGUAUUGUGUUGUACUGUAAGGUCAAAGGAGGAGUUACUCAUAGUUUGUAUCAAUCGUUGGUCAAGGCUCCAGGAAGAACUUGCAAGAUUAGAGUAAGUUGUGAAGGUCCAUAUGGUGAACCCACACCUGCUAGGUAUGCCGAUACUGCAGUAUUCAUGGCAGGCGGUAAUGGUAUUCCAGGUAUCUACUCUGAAGUUGUCGAUGUUGCAAAACGGACAAGAGAUGCCCAAAACAAGGUAAAGUUGAUGUGGGUUGUUAGAGAAUGGAGGUCAUUAUACUGGUUCUAUGAAGAAUUGCUUAACUUGAGAGAAACCAAAAUCGAAACCACCAUAUACAUCACGCAACCCUCAAGCCAUGUUUUCAUCGAUGAGUUCAAUAACAGAUUCCAAGGAUUGGAGAGAUUGGACGAGGAUAACGAAAAUUUAGACCACGAAAAGGAAUACUCGAUUAAUGAAGUGGUGCAAGUGGAAGAAAACUCUAGUGAUGAAAAACAGGAAUCCAUCAAAGAAGUUGCAAAAAUUGAGGAAAGCUUGUAUGGAGAAAAAGGGGGUUCAACCCAUCGUGUUGUUGACAUCAUCAAAAAAGAGCUCUCACAUGUCACUUUCAGAGAAGGAAGACCUUUAAUCAAGGAUAUCAUUCCACAAGAGAUACACGAGUCCAGUGGCUCAGUCGCCUUUGUCUCCUGUGGUCAUUCGGCAAUGGUUGACGAAAUACGCUACUGCUGUGCAAAAAAUGUCUCAAAUCCUGAUAAAAAGAGGGUAGACUUUUACGAACAGGUCCAAGUUUGGGCUUAG